AUGUUCGAUGGCGCAUUAUGUAAAUAUUGUGUAAUUUUUAAUGAACAUGUAGGUGGUUCGGGUAGUCAAAAAUUGGGUAAAUUUGUUUUAACACCGUUUUCAAAUUGGAAAAACGCAAUAGAAGAAUUUAAUAAACAUGAUAACAAUAAAUACUAUAAAAUGACAUUAUUAAAGUUUGAUUGUUUAAUGUCAGUGUCUAAUAAAACUACUGAUUCUAUUAUAAUACAACUGGAUAAAAAAUUGAAAUCUGAGAUAGAACAAAACCGCGCCAAAUUAAAACCAAUUAUUGAAACUGUUAUGUUUUGUGGCCGUCAAGGUCUACCUUUGCGUGAUCAUCGAGACUCAGGUCCAAUAAACUGUGACAAUCCUCCUGUUGAAAAUGAUGGUAAUUUUAGAUCACUCUUACAAUUUAAAGUUAUGUCUGGUGAUAUAAAUCUAGCUGAACAUUUAAAAACUGCUCAGGGAAAUGCAAGUUAUAUUAGUGCUGAUAUCCAAAACCAAAUAUUAACUUCUUGUUCAAAUUUAAUAUUAAAACAAAUUAUUUCAAAAAUUGAUGCUGCUAAAUGUUUCACUGUAUUAGCAGAUGAAACUGCCGAUAUAUCGGGAAUUGAGCAAUUUUCUCUAUGUGUACGUUAUUUUGAAUUUUCUUCAAUGCAAAUGAGAGAAGAUUUCUUAACGUUUGUUCCUGUUACUGAUGUUACAGGUAUGGGUUUAGCAAACACACUUUUAAAUACUCUUGAUAAAUUUGGUAUUGAUUUGAAAUAUUUAAGAGGCCAAGGUUUUGAUGGUGCAGCUUCCACGAGUGGAUGCUUUAAUGGUGUACAAUCCCACGUUAUCAAAAAAUAUCCACUUGCUCACUACAUUCAUUGCACCUCCCAUUGUUUAAAUCUAGCAAUAUCCGACACAUGUAACAUUCAAUCUAUACGAAACUGUACUGGUACCAUACAAAAAGUAUGUGUGUUUUUUAAAUACCCUAAACGACAAAGUGUAAUGUUAGAUUCAAUAAAACGUGUAUGUCCUGAAUCACAGAUUACUAAACUAAAAUUACUUUGUCCAACAAGAUGGGUCGAUCGGCAUGACUCCAUAAUUACUUUUAUGGAAUUAUUUGAUGCAGUUAUUGAUGGAUUAUCGAUUAUUUCUACAUGGCCAGACAGAGAAUCGUCAUCAGUAGCUUAUCAACUUUUGUGUGCUAUUAAGCAACCUGAAUUUAUUUUGGCAACACAUCUGCUAGCAAAAGUAUUUAGCAUAAGUUUACCUCUUAGUAAACUUCUUAAAAUGCAAAACAUAGAUUUAAUUGAAGCCAUGUCUCUGGCAGAUAAUGUAUGUGAUGUGUUAAAAAAUAUCAGAAAUAAUGCAGAUGAGGAUUUUAAGAAACUAUUUUUGAAAGUGAAAGAAAAAUGUAUGUCACUUGAUAUUGAAAUAACUUUACCUCGUUUAACAAACAUACAAAAAAAUCGGUAUAAUUUUACUAGUCAACUUCAUGAUAGGUUCAUUGCACAUAAAUCUCUAAUUACCAAUUUUUGCUGUCUCUUACCAAACAAUAAUUUGCCAAAUAGAGAAGAAAACAUAAAAAGUUUGGCAGAAAAGUAUAGUGAAGAUCUUAAAUGUAGUUGA